ACUUCCAACAUUCAAAUAUGUAGCAUUCUGGGAUUUUACUGACGUUUUAGUGCAAAACUGCUUGUUGAAAUACUGUCUUUAAGUGAAAAAACUUACCCCGGGAAAGUCACUCAAAUGUCACAGCUCCAGCCUUAGAGCAGAAUUGUUAAGAAGGCAAAACCAACAAAAUGAAACCAGUCUGGGUCCUUGGGCCUGUCUGUUUGUGCUGGCAUUAACCCAAUGAGAGUAGAUCAAGGCUGGGAAGUUGAGAAGAGGGCAUCUGUCCUGGGUGGUUCUGGCACCCUUUUAGGUCUCUAGCAAUUUCUUGGCUAAACAGUGUACUGGGGAGCACACUGCAAACCAUUGGAACUUGACUGCCAGGGACCAUUUUGAAAGCUCUCUUUUGGUUGUGUUUGAAAAACUAAAGCACGACAGAGAAAAGGUUUUUAUCUUUAUGUCAUUGUGGCAAAGAAAUAUUUGCCAUGUCUGAUCAAUGCAACUGCAGAUGGUAUUUCUGUUUGUGAAAACCCGAAUUAUUUGAGCUUCAGGAUGAAACAUCUUCUGAAAUGGAAAUGGGGUACUUUAAAACAGAGAUUCUUUUGAUGACAAUAAAGACUUCCUCAAGCUGCUAUCUGCACAAUAUCCAGGUGCACAACUCUGAUUGCAUAGGGCGUGCUAAGGUUUCUAAAUCUCUUUCUUUGUGUGCGUGCAUUGUGAUGCAGUGUGGUUUCCUGGCUGGUAGCUAGACAAGCUUGUGACAAGGAAGAUUCAAGCAGCUGAGUGAUUUUUCUGUGGCAUUGUGCAGGAUAGCAUUCUCUUGUUUUCCAAGAAACGUGUCGGUGGCUACGAGCUUGCUCCUGGCAAUGCGAAAUACGUGUGUGAGAUUCCUGGAUGUUUGCUGCCAAUGAAACGGUUCCGAAAGGCGGCCGGGCGGAGCAGGAUGCUCUCCAGGAUAUCCAGGCGGGACGGAGCUCGACUCGAUGGUUCGGCGCGGGCGGCGGGGCGCUCUGGGCGGCCGCGCCGCACUCUAUGGUGCGAUGGGAGGAGCGGCGGGGCACGGCGGGCGGCCCCGGCCCGGCGGUCCUGGAGCCUUCGGCGAGCACCAUGUCGCCUCCGAAAGAAAAUGUCAGCUUACUGUUCAAGCUGUACUGCCUCACGGUGAUGACCCUGGUUGCUGCCACGUACACGGUGGCACUGCGGUACACCAGGACAGUGCAGACAGAGCUCUACUUCUCAACCACGGCUGUGUGUGUCACUGAAGUCAUCAAGCUGUUCCUGAGCGUGGGCAUCCUGGCUAAAGAAACUGGAAGUCUGACCAGGUUAAUAACAUCUUUAAAAGAAAAUGUAUUCGGAAGUCCUAAAGAAUUGCUGAAAUUAAGUGUUCCAUCUGUGGUGUACGCUAUCCAAAACAAUAUGGCAUUCGUGGCUCUUAGCAACUUGGAUGCUGCAGUCUACCAGGUGACAUACCAGUUGAAGAUCCCUUGUACAGCUUUAUGUACAGUCCUGAUGCUGAGCCGUACCCUUAGCAAGUUGCAGUGGUUCUCUGUCUUCAUGCUGUGUGGUGGUGUUACCCUUGUUCAGUGGGAGCCUGCUCAGGCUACAAAAGUACAGGUGGAGCAGAACCCAUGGCUAGGGUUUGGAGCGAUUGCUGUGGCAGUGUUUUGUUCAGGAUUUGCAGGAGUUUAUUUUGAAAAGGUGUUAAAGAGUUCAGAUACUUCCUUGUGGGUGAGGAACAUUCAGCUGUACUUAUCUGGGAUUGUGGUGAAUUUAUUUGUUGUGUACAUGUCAGAUGGAGACAAAGUUCUUGAGAAGGGGUUUUUCUAUGGCUACACAUACUACGUCUGGUUUGUUGUCUUUCUGGCCAGCGUGGGUGGCCUCUACACCUCGGUGGUUGUUAAGUACACAGAUAACAUCAUGAAAGGCUUUUCUGCAGCGGCAGCCAUCGUUCUCUCUACUGUGGCAUCAGUCAUCCUCUUCGGCCUCCAGAUAACUGUUACCUUCUCCCUGGGUACUCUCCUGGUGUGCAUUUCUAUUUACCUCUAUGGAUUACCUCGACAAGACACCACAAAAAUCCAGCCCUCAGAGACUAAAAGCACUAAAGAGAGACUUGCUACUGUGUGAUGUUGUCCAUAAAAAUGGACAGAUGGACAAGAGAAAAAAUAGACUUUAAAAAAAAACUUUUUUUUUUUUUUUUUCAAAAUUAGCCUUAAGCUAGUCAUGAAAUGGUUUAAGUGGGAUAGACUAAAAGCAGAAGUUAUUUCUGUUUUACAUGUGGAGUUUCCAGUGGCUGACACUGAAGCUACACUGCAGCUGAGGAGCUGGCUGGGUAUUUUAUGGAAGGUAUUCUUCAUUCAUGUUGACACUGAAGAGUCUCAUUUACAAGGAAAACCCAAUGAAGGAACUGAUCACUCAAUUGUAUAUAAUGUAUAUAACACAGGGAAAUUGGUUCUUUGUGUAUUUGAUAAACUGUCUUGCUCUUUGAGGGCAGUAAUGCCUGAAAAGCUUCAUAAAAAAACUAUUAAAAAAAGCAACUACUGCCACAGUUUUCUCUUAA